AACGCUUCUUCCUCUUGGGUGGUGAAUUUCAGGGAUUUCAGUGGCGAAGAAGGGGUUUUCUCUUCACAUAACUCACAACAACACACACCCCUCUCUCUUUCUUCCUUCUUCAACAGUGCUCUGUUCUUUUAUUUUUCCUCUCUCUUCAUUUCUUAUUCGCUUUUUUAUAUUUAUUUUUUAUUAUUUUUAUUUACCCAAAAAGCCAAACCUGCAAAUUCCGAACCCGAAAAUCGCCGUCUUCAAAUCCCACCCAUUUUCUCUCUCGUUCGACCCAAAUCGUGGAAGCCUCGGAUUCUGACCCUUGAAUCGCUGAAUCGAAGUUCCGUUCAGUGGUGGGGUCGUUUCGGAGUGGUUGAACGCGUUGUGGGGAUAUGAGAACGAGUUGCAUGUUUUGGUUCCGCAAAGAGUUAUAAGAAGGAGUUGUUGCAGCAGAGCUUCUUCUUCUUCUUAAUGGCAGCGAAGCGUGUUUAUGAAGCAUGGAAAGGAAGUAAUAAAUUCCUAUUUGGAGGAAGGUUGAUAUUUGGGCCUGACGCUAGGUCACUGCUUGUCACCUUGUUGCUGAUCAUUGUUCCAGUUGUCCUCUUUUGUGUAUUUGUAGCAAGGCAUCUUCGGCAUGAAUUUUCUUCAUAUAAUGCAGGAUAUGCUAUUUUGGUGAUGGCAGUUCUCUUUAAUAUUUAUGUGUUGAUUCUUCUCUUUCUCACUUCUUCUCGCGAUCCAGGCAUUAUUCCAAGGAACUUGCAUCCACCAGAAGAAGAGUUCCGUUACGACUCUUCAGUUUCUGUUGAUAUUGGGGGACGACAAAGUCCAACCCUUCAGUUCCAUCGAACAAAAGAAGUAAUGGUCAAUGGCCUUCCCGUGAGGGUGAAGUAUUGUGACACUUGUAUGCUGUAUCGUCCUCCUCGUUGCUCCCAUUGCUCCAUUUGCAACAAUUGCGUUGAACGUUUUGAUCACCAUUGCCCUUGGGUGGGCCAAUGUAUUGGGCUGAGGAACUACCGAUACUUCUUUCUGUUUGUUUCUUCGGCAACUAUUCUAUGUAUCUAUGUGUUUUCCAUCUCAGCCUUUUACAUCAAGGUUCUAAUGGAUCAUAAUGAUGGGACAGUUUGGAAGGCAAUGAAAGAAUCCCCUUUCGCUGUUAUAUUAAUGGCAUAUUGUUUCAUCUCUUUGUGGUUUGUUGGUGGACUAACUGGCUUUCAUCUGUACCUUAUUGGCACAAAUCAGACUACCUAUGAAAACUUCCGUUACAGAGCUGAUAACAGGGUCAAUGUUUACAACCGGGGUUGUUUAAACAAUUUCCUGGAAGUAUUUUGUACAAAAGUGAAGCCCUCAAGGAACAAUUUCCGAGCUUUUGUUCAAGAGGAGGUACCGAGGCCACCCCCUCCGGCUGUUUCCCGGGAACCUGAACCAGACACAGGUGGAGGAGAUCCUCGUCCUAAGGUUGAAGAUGAUCUAGAUAUCGGUGAAGACCUGUUGAAAAUAUCCCAACGACGAAAUAUUGAAGAAAUUGAUGAGGACAUUCGAAGCAGAGGGAGCAAUGGACCUCCCCAUAAUACAUCUGAGGUGGAUUCAGUUUUGGGGUCAGAUCGUCGGGCCCCAACAAUUCGACCUGAAGCAAGGCACUCGAGUGAGGGAAGAAGUGAAAGCUGGGAAAUCGCUCCGGAGGUCCUUGCCAAUGCAAGUGUAACUGAAAGUAGAAGCUAUGUUGUAUCAAAGGAGGUGCGCCAAAAACUUGGUGGUUCUUUCUGAUAUUUGCACAGGCAUCAGUGUAGAUGAUCUGGGGUUUACUUAGAUAUUGAAGAUGAAAAAGAAAAUGCUGUUUGAUCAGAUUAUAGGAAUGUGAAUUGAAUUGGUUGAGGCAUUAAGUACAAAAACUUGUUUGAUCUUUUUUUGUGGUAAGCUUAGAUCAUUUGGGAAGAAUAGAAAUGUGUGUAAUUUUCGAGAGACAAAGGAAUAGUGUCUUUUUUCUGUCAAUUUUUUUACCUACAGUCCAAUAUGUGCAUUGCAUCUUGAUGUGGCUUUAUUCUUUGUGUAUAUAACCAGUUGUGAUGCUAAAAAAUUUAUCUGCGUACUGUAAUUUAGGGAUUGUAAAAAACUGGUUUCUCAGCUAAAUGCUUUUAUCCAUGCUAUUUGGGUA